AUGUUGUCAACUUGGCAAUAUAAGGCUAUGAUCUUCGUAGCAGGUAAUCCUUGCAAGAACGACAUGUGGUGUCUUGGAAGGGGAUGGAUGGCCGACGCAGAGCUGACCUUACCAACAAUGUACAAUGUAGCAAGUUGGUGUGAUGAAGCGUGGCUUGCUGAGCGCUUGACUGCCGGAUUGAAGUCUGAAUAUCUUCCCAUCGCCAUCAUGAGCACUCGGCGAGACCGAUGCUCACCAUCUCGGUCUCACUCACCUAGCAACCAAGCAUCAAUUAUGUCGCGCAUCUUUCCCCUCCGUGGCUUCAAGACAUCGGCCCUGAAAUUUACCCCCAAUUCCAUGUCAGCACCCGGCCGUUCGGUUGGUGCGUGCGUCCGUGGCUCCCUCAAGUCCAGCCACUAUCUACACCGGCACUCAAAAACCACCACUCACGCAAAAUCGUGGCGACGAGGAGACACCAAGCGGCUUGGGGGGCUUUUUCCAGUUUCCCGCCUGUCGUCGUCGGAAAUCGGAAUGCGUUUUCCCCCAACCCAGCUGUGUUGUGGCACUUGA